ACACUACGUACUGAAGUCUCAAGUCUUGUCACGCUGCAAAAUGCAAUUAUGCAAUGUGAAAAUUAGCAAUGAACAUUUUCGCGGAUCGUCAACUUGCUAGAAGGUCUGGAGUACUCGUGUAUCCAGAAGAGGUCCUUCAAAACAAAGUUGUUGCGUUGUAUUUCUCGGCGGGGUGGUGCCCUCCAUGCAAUCAAUUUACUCCGCUUCUGGCGGAAUUUUACAAUGAGCUUCAAGAACAUGCACUUCCCUUUGAGAUUGUGUUCGUUUCAUCCGACAAAACGGCGUCAGAUAUGGAAACGUACAUGAAGCGGUGCCAUGGUGACUGGCUGGCUGUUCCUUUUGGCUGUGAACUCAUCCAGGAGCUGAAGAACCGCUAUCACGUCACGGCAAUCCCAAAGUUAAUUGUCGUGACAGAUGACGGAGAUGUCGUGACAGCCAUGGCAAGGAAAGAAGUAACAGAGACCGGACCCAAGUGUUUUACGCCUUGGGCACACGCUGUUGCCUUAGCCAGGGGGGAGGUUGCCACCACCGUGACUAAAGCAAGUGGCCGACUGACUGCUGGUUUUGAAUUAGCAAUGAACAUUUUCGCGGAUCGUCAACUUGCUAGAAGGUCUGGAGUACUCGUGUAUCCAGAAGAGGUCCUUCAAAACAAAGUUGUUGCGUUGUAUUUCUCGGCGGGGUGGUGCCCUCCAUGCAAUCAAUUUACUCCGCUUCUGGCGGAAUUUUACAAUGAGCUUCAAGAACAUGCACUUCCCUUUGAGAUUGUGUUCGUUUCAUCCGACAAAACGGCGUCAGAUAUGGAAACGUACAUGAAGCGGUGCCAUGGUGACUGGCUGGCUGUUCCUUUUGGCUGUGAACUCAUCCAGGAGCUGAAGAACCGCUAUCACGUCACGGCAAUCCCAAAGUUAAUUGUCGUGACAGAUGACGGAGAUGUCGUGACAGCCAUGGCAAGGAAAGAAGUAACAGAGACCGGACCCAAGUGUUUUACGCCUUGGGCACACGCUGUUGCCUUAGCCAGGGGGGAGGUUGCCACCACCGUGACUAAAGCAAGUGGCCGACUGACUGCUGGUUUUGAAUAAUAAGUGUCCAAUUAUCCACAGGGACAAUGAUUAGUAGGUGUUCUGUGUCCUGAAAAACUCAUAAAAAUUUUUUAUUGUGGAAGCUUUUAUUGUUUUGGCAUUGUUGUAUCGACAGCAGUCCGUAGAAUCAGACUACAAGUUUGUAUUAUGAGUACUGAAUUCCCUGACAUUUUACCAGUACAAAGAGAGUUGUCUCCUUAUCUUUGAGUAGGGCCCAAAUUUCAAAAUCUUGAAUAGCCUUGACAGAACUUGGAAACUCUUAAAUGGCCACAAAGACUGAGUUUCAUCAUUGCUGAUUAACUUGCACACCCUCUUGAACAUUAAGGUCUUGCUUGUUAACAGUUUUAGCAGAAACAAACAAGACAAAAAAAUCAAAUCAAAAUCA